AUGAGACUCUCCACAUUUGUUUUUGCCUCUCUGUACCUCUUUCCCUUGUCCCUUGCGCAAAACUGGGCAAUUGAUGAAAGCUGCGACAAUGAGGUCCUCGAAGACCCCACAAACGCCGAAGAAGUCAAAGACGAGGCAGAAGUCAAAGGGCCUCUCAGACCCCGAGACGGUAUCAUUGCUGCCAUGGAUGAGGCUCGAGCACGAGCGCAGAUUGCAUUCGAUGUCAUGAGCCAACACGCGGAUGAUGAAAGAGUUUCUAAGAUCUGCAAGAUGGUGCUGGGAGACGACGAGAAGUACGAGCAGAAGUUCAGUAACGUAAGAGCGAUAUACGAAAAGGUUAUGAAUCUUGCAGCUGCUCCUGCAGACCCCGGUAUUGGAUCUCCGGAGUGGAACGAUCGCAGGACCUGGGACGAUGUGCAAAUCUACUGUGAUCUCAAGAGAUUCAGUAAAGAUUCAAACGGCAGGACCACCAUGCUUAACGCUGCUUGGAACAAUCGAAAAGUUACAAGCAGCGCAUUCACAUUCCUUGAUAGUUUUUGCUACAAAAGCGGAUUAAAGUACGGCGACGGUAUAGAGAAAGUGAAAAUGUCGACGCAAAAUUCGAUAUUCAAGAGGUACCUGCCGGGUGUGCCCGACAUUCCCCAGCCUGAUAUGCCUUACACCAUCGAUGUUUGCCCGUGGUUCGUCAGGGAGUGGCAGGACAAAGGAUUCAUUCGUCUAAACCAGGUGUUGAUCGACGAAGUCAGGAGUGUCAGCUUUCGCACGUGGAUGGAUGAACGCAACGAUAAGCUCCUUGACCAAGGGGACGUACGGCUUUUCUCCAUGAUUGACGGUUUAAAGACAAUGAGUUCAACCAUGCUACACGAGCUUGCCCAUACUCGCUUGGGAGGAACAGGAGACACUUUGGAUGUGCCAAAAAACUACUGCUAUGACUGGAUAUGCGUGUUAGAAGUGAAGAGUGAUAGGAAUGCUGACACCAUUGCGAUGCUGGGGAUUGCGUUGCAGCUCUGGAGCAUGAAUUUCAUGGUGGACGAAGAGGGGUUGAUUGAAGAGUUCGAGUGA